AUGGCAACUGCAGCACCUUCACCUUUGGCCAGCUCGGUAGAAAAGACAAAUGGAAACAAGCUGAGCAGGCUUCUCAUCGAUGGCGGAACAACAGUGCUGAGGAAGACUUUUGAUCACUAUCACCCACCUGCCAACUUGGCUUCUGACCUCAACUCCAAUUACUCCAUACUUAACAAACUUUUGCGUAAAAGAGUACUAAAUGGGCAUCAGUGGGACAAAUUGUUUCCCCCUGGUGGAGGGGUACCAGACUCCAACACGUUUGACAUCACUCUUCUGUUCCUUCUACUAACCAACAUUUGUGGUUUAUCCCCUCCCUUGACAGGAUGGCACACCAAGCCAUCCCCUGGUGAUAACUCUCUUGAGGCUAACCUUGCUCGUGUUAAGUUCUUCCGGAAUGAGUUGUACGGUCACGUGACUUCCACUGCUUUUGAUGCGGCAAUUUUCUCUUCCCUGUGGCAAGAAAUAAGUGCUGCUCUACUUUCUCUCGGUUUGGAUCAAGCUGAAAUUGACAGACUUAAGGCGGAGAGUGGUGGAGAGGAAGAUAUCUUGAUGCCCUAUUUGAGUGGGCUGACAGUGAUGUGGAAAUAA